AAUUUGCUCGCUGACAGCGACUGUGUGUUCUUCAGGUUCAGUAUUAGCUCGACCAAGCUGAACGUAGGACAGAGGAUUUUCAGUACGCGGAACGCGAUUCGCGACUACGGUUUACUUUUUUGCUCUACUCAGAGUGGAUGAGGUGUGGAAAAGUACACAGGGGACAGUGAAAAAGUGUUUGCUGCUGCUGUGAUUUUUUAGAGGGUUGCAUCCGUCGAUUGUCUCGAUGCUGCUCGGUUGUCUAGUGUGAAAUCUAUGCUGCUAGCGAGUUGAGUGGAAUUAAAAUUACCCGUGCUUGUCUUCAAGACUUGCUAGGGCCAUCUUUCAAUUGCUGUCUGGAUAGUGGAGUUUCUGUGUAUGACCCAAGCAAAUGGAUAUUGAGUUCGGUUCUAAUCGGAGAGCCUCCAAGUGGGUGGUGGGUGCGUUCUUGUGCUAGGAGUGACAGCCGACCUGUUCCAUGUAGGGGCCAAGUUCUGUGCGAAAAUCAAUUGGAGACAGCCCACACCUGGAAACCCAUACAAGGUGAUAUCUCCAUGACCUGCGUACGUGUGUGCAGUCAAGGUGCUCCCCUUGGAAAGUUGAAAGUUAUGUGAUGAUAGGUGAUACUAGACAGCAUACCAUUAUAGUUGUGACAGAUAAAUAACUGCUCGUAGUUUCCUGACGUGCAGCAUCCCAGAAUCCCAGUAGAUCAUUCGACAGACACCAAGUUUUUAAAAUCUCACAAACGAAGGUAUGUGUAUACAAAUGUUUAGGCAUAUUAUAAGCACAAAUAUGCAAAAGUGAAGUUUUUUUUGUCUCUUCAAUACAACAUUCAUACACACACGUCUCGGGCUGACUGAGCCGUACGUCACACACUGAACCGUGUGCUGAUAAAGAGGCACGGACAGACGACGGCUAGCGAGAGAGGCUGAGAGAGAAAUUAGCGUUCGUUCUCUUCCUCUUGUUGUGAUUGUAUUACGCGCGGAGUAUCGUUCGGUGUACGUGCGUGCGGGUUUUGGAAUUUCGGUGCGCUCCCCGUAGGUCUGCAGGUUGCCACGGUCAGCACAGGGUCGCACACGGGCCCUGAGACCUGCAAGGUGAAUCACGGUGCAUCGGUUGAUCCGCUUCCCCAAACCAAAGAAAAAAUCGGGGUACAGUUAGUGCAGUUCUCAAGCAGCCGGUCCGGACAGUCGCAGUGGUUGAGCCAAACUUUUUCCAGCUGAUUCCGAAAAAAAGGUGCCAACAGCACUUGGUAAAGUGUGUAUUAAUGCAGUUUUAUCGGCCACAGCGGCCGGCAGUACCGGCAUCAGCCCCUAGCAACCCCCUCGUACUACGCAUACCGUGAAAAGAUGUUACCGAACAAAAAAAAAUGAGAAAAUAAAUUUAAAUUUUUAAUCGAUAUUUUCCGCCCCGAUCCGAGCGCUGCACGUGGUGAUAAUAAUACCGACGACAAAAUAAACAGCAGAAAGUGGCAGCAGAUUUAAAUGUUCGUUUAUGCGUGGCGGCUGCCUGCGGCGGCGAAUCGUUUCCAUGCGUGAGUGGCUGGUGCGAAGAGGAGCUCGGAAAAAAAUGUACCACCCAAAAUACAAAUAAAAUACCAACCACUCCUGCCCCUAGUGAAUGUUUAAUAAGAAGAUAUGUGUUGAGCAAAAAAAAAAUGUGAAGCGGCCAACAGCUGAGUAAAACAAGCAAUCGACAGCGAAACAAGUGCGACGCGUGUUUUUGAAGUGUUUUACCCGUGCUAUACAUAUAUAGAAAUAAAAGCGCGAAGUGAAUAAAUCCAGCGCGCGCGGUGCAGUAAAUAGGUGUGAAAUCUACAAGCAAUCAUCGUCGCUGUCUCCCAUCGUUCCCCCCUUCCAAAUCAUUUCAGUAGUGUCUCACCAUGGUCAAGAGAUGUCUUCUACGUGCAUGUUCCUAGUGUUGAAGUGUUUACCCCCUCGGCUAGAAUCGGUAGAUUAGGUGCUAUCUCACGUGGGUGUGGGUGUACGCGUGUGUUAGUAAUAAGCGGUAAUAAGCGAAAAUAAUAAUCCAAUAUUAGUGGGUGCUUGAAGGCAGCGAAAUCUUCCAAAGUGGCCGCGUCGAAGGGAUCUCGGGGCGCCUUGUCGGAAGGUCGCCUGACCACUGCGACCACGACAACGGAGACGACGACCAGUUUCACCAACUCCCGCCAGGGCUCCGUCGAUGGGGUGAUGCAACGAUGCGGUCUCUGCUCGAUCAUUUCCAGCCUGCUGAGGCGAGCCAUGUGCGUCGGGUCCCGGCGUGGUAGCGGCGAGUCGUACUACCAGGAACUGGCGGAAACUAAUGUACGUUGGAUAAAACCUAACCUCAACCACUGCACCAUCCCAGACGUUGCCACAAUGGAAACCACGGACAACUCCAACUACAAACGACUGAUAUCUACAACAUCCAACACGAUACCAUCGACCGGAUCGACGACGAUUGCUUUGACAACGAUGGCGACCACCGUAACGACGACACCCUACCAGCCGGCCCGUCGAAUGUCCGAUCAGGAUCGGCCCCUGUUCGAGGCCCUAAUAGCCGAUGAGUACUCGGAGAACCCGCGGCGACGGCAUGCCUGUACCGGGCGGUUCCUAACGAUGCACAAGCGACGCAGAAAGAAGCUCAACACUCGCAGCCUUGUGCUGGAUCAGGCAAUUUUGGAUGACAUCCUACACGGCCAAGUGCAGUGCAUUCUGGACCGUGUCGGUAACUGGCGCUUCAAUGCUUUCACCCUGGAGACGGUCACGGGGGGACGGUCACUGCCUGUCUUAUGUGUUCACUUGUUCCAUUGGUACGGCCUUUUGGACCACUUCAAUCUAGACGUAGUUAGAGUAUGGAAAUUGUUUAGUUUAAUCGAGGAAGGAUAUCAUAGUACGAAUCCGUAUCACAAUUCAAUUCACGCGACUGACGUAACACAAGCAAUGCACUGUUUCUUGCAAGAGAGACGCAUCCUGGAGAAUCUGAGCCCGCUGGAAAUUAUGGCUUCAUUGAUUGGUGCUGUCACCCACGAUUUGGACCAUCCGGGCGUGAAUCAACCGUUCUUGAUAGCGACCUCCAACCAUCUGGCGGCGCUGUACGAGAACACUUCGGUGCUAGAGAAUCAUCACUGGCGUUCGGCCGUCGGUUGCCUGCUGGAGAGUGGCGUUGCCGAACAGAUACAGGGUAUUCGACCAGAACUGGAAAAGCAAAUCAGCUCUCUAAUCCUAGCGACGGACAUCACCAGGCAGCAAGAAUUUAUCGCCACAUUUCGGGAUUAUCUCUGUCGAGAUAAGCUCGAUAUGCGCGACAAGGAACACAGACAUUUCAUUCUACAGAUCGCGCUCAAAUGUGCAGACAUCUCGAAUCCCUGCCGGCCAUGGGAUAUCAGUAAAAAGUGGAGCAUGAAGGUCUGCGAGGAAUUUUUCCGCCAGGGGGACUACGAAAGACAGCUCAAUUUGCCCGUUACUUCGCUCUGUGAUCGGCAGUCCACGUCGGUGCCCAAGAUUCAAACUGGAUUCUUCAAGUUUGUCGUUACGCCUUUGUUGGACGAGUGGCAUCGAUUCUUGAAGACGGAACUCUCACACAGUAUGAUGCAUCAUUUGAAAUUCAACCAGGCCCAGUGGGAGUGUAAGCUGCAGGCAGAAAUCAACGAAGAAACUCGAACAGAAAUCUCCGAUGCGGAAUUGUUGGAAGAGGAGGACCCCGAGGAAAGUGAUGAUCAAGAAGAACCAGUGCUUGAUCUGUCGGACAGUUCGGAGGUUUUGAUACCAAACUUCUCCAAAUUUGAACGCCGUGGCUCGUUACAGAUUCCUGGAUUUUGCAGUGUCCGCAGUGAACGACGGUUCUCUGUCCCCGUACACAGUAUACCGAAAAUUGUGCUUCCUGUACGGGAUCACCGCGCAUCGAAUCACCCACCGGAAUCUAUUCAGGAGAGCGACGAGCACAAAUUUGAUAACGAUUCGCUCUCUAUCUUUUCUUCAGAUAGUGACAGCCUGCACCGGGGAGGAAGAGGCUCGUCUACCGGUAGUACGGCUGAUCGAGAACGUCCACUAAGUGCGGAAAAUCUUCUUCCAGACUGCAGCAUUGCGUCCAUGACCGCUGGUAUCUGUGGCGAUCGACUGAAUCUAAUGCUGCAUGGAACGGCCAGCAUAGGCAACACCGCCAAUCUUCUCACCGUUGGAACUUCCAAACAUCUAAUCAGACAGCAAACCUUCCCACCGUUGCAACCGUACAUACGCACCCGUUACAUGUCUUCGCAAGCCGAACUUGGUGCCUGUCCGGAGGCAUUGCUCGAAUCCAACUCCAGCAGCAGCUCUUCCAAUUCCCACCCUGGAACAAACAGCGAAUCUCGUGGUAUUCUAAUGAUUAAGAAGGAAAGCAUUAAGCGCGAAACGGAUUCUUCCGGCUCCGCAGACAAGGCCAAAAUACCGAAGCUCUCUCUCGGCCAAAAGGAGAAUCUCGAUCCGUCGAUGCUGAAACGGAGCCUAAGCAGGCGACGAGGUUCUGCCCCGGUCACCGUUGCGUUACCACCGAAGUCGACCGAAUCGGACCUUGGCGUUUCGCUCGUCAUCAAGGGCUGUGAUCUGCGGCGUGGUUCGAUGCCAGCGGAAUUCAUGUCCACCAUGCAAACAAAAGACCAACCGCACGGGACCCAACCGGAGGCACCGACGUUACCCAACAAUAUCGGCCCGGUAUACAACAUGCAGCGACGUGGAUCCGUUCCCUGCGAGAGCUCCAACAGUGUUGUGAUUCGUAGUAGCUUCAGCAUAAAACGGCGCAGUACGAAAAAAGCCCUACGACGGCGUUCGUCUGGAGGCGCGGAAAUUCUCAGUCCCAUACUGUCGGAGGAUACUAGCGGAGCGGCACCCGGCAGCAGUUCGUCUUCCUCGUCCGCCUGGCAGCGGUUCAAGCGGCGUACCGAUACGGAUAAUCUGCUGUCCCGGCGGCGUGGAUCGCUGCCGGUAGAGGUGCUCACCAUUGGAUACUCGGGAACGUUGCGCCACUAAGUGCAGAAAGGGCAGCAGAAAGAGGUUCGGGACAUCGGCAGCAGUUUUUCCAACAUCAUUAUCAACAAAUUAAUUGGUCCGAAAGCUGCAUCCGUCGUAUCAGCAGCGGCGUUGGAAAACCGAAGAAGGAAAGCAUCGGAUAGCCGUGAAAAUGAACGGACUGAGCUUGUGCUUUUUCAUCGCUAUCAUUUGGAUUUUGGGUUCUUCCAGCUGGCAGAAUUAGCCUAGGUAACAUAUAUACAUAUAUAUACAGCUCCCCGGUAUCGUAAAUCGUGGAAGAACAAGUUUUAUUACACAAGACCACCCAUCAACAGUUUUCAGCAACAACAAGGUGCGUAAAAUGUUUUGAGACUAGGUUCAAUGACAGUUAUAAAAAAUCAGCGCUACAUAAGUUUUAAGAAUGUCUUGUUGUUUUACUUCGCGUUUGUUAGAUCCGACAAAAAUGGCUUUCCAUUAAUUGUUACCGCAAGUCGCCGAUUCUUCCAACCACAAAUGUGCACAACAUAACGAGAGCUUCCAUCUUCGUCUUGUUGGAAACCUGUAUUCGAAAAGCGAUAACGAUGUUUAAAAAUCAAUCAUGUCUGGCUCGUCUUUUGCCACCACAUAGUCGAUUUCUUUAAACACAUAGUGCAUAGUUUCUUGAUCUAGUAAAAUACUCAAAACAUCGUACGCACCCUGUUUGGCUGCCCUGCAGGUCCAGUUGGCUUUAGAUGGUCUCGGCGAGUUUGCAACUUUUUCGUUACACAUCCCACCGCGAGUAGCGAGGCUCUAAAAGGCAUAAAUUUUACACUGAAUUUCCGGAACCGAACAUUAUUCAAACUAGAUUAGCAUACAGAGUUGAAAAAAAAAUAACAAAUAGCAAACGAAAUGAGUGGGCGUGUAUUCCACGCACAAUACUGAAUCACACAUCAAAACAAGUUUACAUACGAGUAGAACGAGGCGGCGGGAAAAGACAGACAAAACAACCAACAGAAAAAUGCAUCAUUGUGCAGCGAAACGUGGUUUAUCAGAUGCAUGAGAGAAAGAGAGUUUGUUUGUUCACAGUCUCCUCUGAAAAGAUCGUAAAUAUGUUAAAAAGUUUUUUUUUAUUCAUAUCAGUACAAACAGUAAAUACUUGAAAGCGAUGCAAAACUGAAAAAAACUUUUCUCUGCGGUCGAUUACAUUCAGUUUGAAAGUUGUGGUAUAUUUUUAUCUUAUUUUAUUUUUUUGCACAAACGGACAAAAGAAACAUAAGCAGCUAAAAUGCUUAGUAUUGCAGCAGGUUCCAGUGAACAUUUUCGUUUUGUUUUGUUGAAGUACAGCAAGCUUAAAUAAAACGCCGCAGUGCAUAUUUAUAGGGGUUUAUGAGUAGAAAUGCGGUGUCGCGUGUUGAUUUUUUCAAUGCGAAAUGUUUUUCAUCAUCGGAGAUAAAAUAUUGAUGGUCAUCACCAACCUGGAUUGAAAAAUAGAGCAGUUUUGUGUGAUAUGAAUACAUAUAGGAUGUUUGUAUGUUUUGCCACUCGCAAUUUGAAUAUUGGUAAGUUUUGUUGUUUGUGAGACAUUUGUUGUUUAACUCGGGAAAAAACUACUCACCAUUCAUAGCAUACAGAUGGCUGAUACGAACGGUAAAAAAUUACGUUGAUUACUUUUUUUUCGAUGGACGCGUGAGGUCACUGGUCACUGAUGCUAACGAAGUACCGUGCUUUUCCAUCAAUAUCAUAUUUAAUGUUGACGCAAUUUAAACAAUUUUUAUCGAUUGUUGAGGUUUUCACCUCAGAGUAAUUCGCCUCUUUUCGAUUUAAAAAAAUUCCAACCCUAUGUGCGGGGUUUAGAAUUGAGGUGAGCUGCGAACAAGACAUUCGAACCUUUGAGCCGGUAGGGCGUGCGCCAAAAAAAAUAAGUAAAUGUAAUAAAUCUGUAGUUCAUGAUAUCAAUGGGAUGAAAUAUAACCAUCCCUGCCUGAUUCAAACAAAACUUGGCAGUUGUAUUCGGGUCAUGAAUUUCCAUGAUUUCGUCUGGAUAUUAGAACAUUUUGACACAUGAGGAAUUUUUAAAACGGCGUAGAAUGUUUUGAAUGCAACAUUUAUCCAAAAAUAGUUGUUCGAUUACCUUAUUUUGUACAGCAAAACUAUCUGAGACUUACAGGGAAUGAAAAAAAAUAUGCGCUGAAAAAAUGUUGUGACGUUUUUCGAGUUACUUCUACUCAGCGAUGCGAAUUUUCAUUUUCAAAUGCCAAUUUUCAAUGUAAUCCACUCCAACCAUGAUCCAAAUUCAAAACCAGCCUCAAUCAUUCACUUUCAAGUUGGCAGGAUUUUCAUGACAAAACCGCACGUCUUCAUUUCAAAUUGAGAGCCCCUAUUAGGUUCUUUACUGAUACAGUUAACCUCACUUUUCUUGACAGUUCGCUUGUACUGUUUACAUGGACUUUGAAAAAUUUGUGGACGACUAGAUUCGCUCGAAGCAAACCGUAAAGAAUUUUACUAAUAGCGAUUUCGCUUGAACCUGAAACUGAGUCAGGUUCUAACCCCAACCGCUGUCAGUUCAUACAUUUUGACAGCAGUUGGGGUUAGGAACUGACUCAGUUUCGCCUCAAACGAAAACCACAUAAGUCCAUGUGAAUAGUACAAGCGAACUGUCAAAAAUGAACACUCAGUUCAUUUGUGACGGGGCCCAUAUUAUUGGCUCGAAUCAAAACUCGUCGAAAUGUCAAUUGACGAUAGGUUCAUCCGGAGUGUUCAUUUGUGUUUACAUUUUGCUAGCGUUGCCAAUUUUAUUUUGUGUCCAGCACCCAAUGUGGCUACGCCACAUCGCUUUUGCGCGUGCUGUCCGACUUCGCUACCGCUCAGUCGGACUUAAACUAGGGAUAGCCCCUAUGUUUGAGUAAGCCGGGCAAACGAGUGGAUCACAUGUUCGCUUGCUUCCGACGGCGGGUCGGUGGCCACAUCGCCCGGGCCUCGGCUAAGCCGCAUCGAAAUGGUACCCCUUAAACAUUCUAACUUGAAUCGGUUGUGUCACCGGAGCCGGAAUACGAAUUAGAUCCAGCCAGCAUUUCGGCUGAGUUAAACUGGGAAGUUUAGUAAAAUUUAAUCUGGAAAUAAAAAUUUUUUGGCAACGCUCCAGCACCCCGUUGAUUUCACCACCUGGGCGCCAGGUUGACGAUAUGAAAUGAACUUUGUUUACUUUCGACAAGUUUUGAUUCGAGCCAAUAACAUCCAGCCUUUGUGACGUCACCGUAAACUGGGCCCAUAUUAUUGGCUCGAAUCAAAACUCGUCGAAAUGUCAAUUGACGAUAGGUUCAUCCGGAGUGCUCAUUUGUGUUUACCUUUUGCUAGCGUUGCCAAUUUUAUUUUGUGUCCAGCACCCAAUGUGGCUACGCCACAUCGCUUUUGCGCGUGCUGUCCG